AUGAAAGCUACUUACGGUAAAUUAGUAUCUAUAAGGAUAAAGGUUGCUAUGAGCGGAAUAGCCUAUUUGGCAUGCCAUAGCAAUCAAAGUUCCAUUCCAUAUCGAACAGAGUUCUCCAUAUUGCAUGCCAAAAGGGAUGGUACAUCAUCCACAGAUAAAUAUCAUGUUGACCUGCAUAUAUGCUGCUCUUGUAAGACACAGGAGAACCGCAUGUCAGCAGACAAGCUCGAGAAAGGGAUCAAACAGGAUCACAUGAUCCAUAAUUACGUCAAGUUUUUAGCCCAGGACUUGACCUUAUUGUUCACAAACUAG